AUGGCUCCAGUGAAAGUCUCAUGCAAGUGGGGUAAGGAGGUGUUCAGCGACAUCGAGGUCGACACCACGCAGUCCCCGUUGAUCUUCAAGAGCCAGCUGUUCACGCUGAGCGGCGUCCCGCCCGAGCGGCAGAAGGUCAUGAUCAAGGGCGCCUUGCUCAAGGAUGAUGAGUGGGGCAAAGCUGUCCCCAAAGACGGCGUGACCAUCAUGAUGAUGGGCACCGCCGACCCCAUCAGCGUCGAGGCGCCAAAGAACGCCCCAGUGUUCGUGGAGGAUUUGCCCGAGGACGAGCAGGACACCCUGGGCACCAAGGCCUACGGAUCGGGCCUCGCUAACCUCGGGAAUACCUGCUACAUGAACUCGACAGUGCAGUGCCUGUACAGCGUCGGCGCCCUGCAGCAGGCGCUCGCAAAGUACUCGCCGCCGCCAGGCGCCGCGGCCGGCGCCGACGGGCGGCUGGUCGCGGCCACCAAGGAGCUCUUUGCAGACCUGAAAAAGGGGGGCGCGGCAUUCCCGCCGUUCAAGUUUCUUAUGACGCUGCGGGAGCGGUUCCCGCAGUUUGCGCAGACGGGCAACUCGGGGGACUACAUGCAGCAGGACGCCGAGGAGUGCUACUCGCAGAUCAUGUACACGCUGCGGGAAAAGCUGAAGGAGGAGGACGGCAGCUCAGUAGUGGACCAGCUGUUUGGUCUGAAGUUGGUGACCAAGCUCAAGAGCGAGGAGAGCGGGGAGGAGAUCAACGAGAGCGGGACGGCCUACACCCUCAAGUGCAACAUUGCAGGUGACACCAACUACCUCCACCAG